AUGAAUUAUCAACCAAAAAAAUUGAUAAAGGAUAUCGAUCCCAACGAUGUUCAAAAAUUUAAAGAAUCGUUCAAUAUUAAUACUAAAGUAUUAACAGAAGGUGAUGAAGGUUAUGAAAAGAGUAUAUUAAGAUGGGCUGACAACGCAAUUAAAAAAGCAGGUAUUGUUGUUCAAGCGACUUGCCUCGAAGAUAUCGUUAAAACUGUUAAUUUUGCCAAUAAAAAUAAUUUGGACUUCGCUACAUGUUGUGGAGGACAUUCAACUUCCGGUAGUUCAAGUUCUGAAGGAGGAAUAGUUUUAGAUAUGAGAAAAUUAAAUAAAGUAAGAGUUGAUGCCGAAAAAAAAUUAAUUUAUGCUCAAGGAGGUGCAUUAUUCGGUGAAGUUGAUAGUGAAGCUUGGAAACAUGGGUUAGCCACUGUAGGAGGUUUAGUUCAUCAUACAGGAAUUGGCGGAUUAUCAUUAGGAGGUGGUUUUGGGCACCUAACAAGUAAACAUGGAUUAACAAUUGAUAAUAUUAUGGGGGCCACAAUAGUUACUGCAGAUGGAGAAGUUAGAGAAUUAUCAGCCAACAAGAACGAAGAUUUAUUUUGGGCUAUUAGAGGAUGUGGAAUCAAUUUCGGAGUUGUUUACGAAUUCAUUUUUAAAGCGCAUGAACAAAAAGAAGUUUUUACCGGUUUAUUAUUAUUUCCUGCUGAAAAAUUAGAUUCUCUUGUUGAAGCCUUUAAUUUAUGGCUUAAAGUUCGCGGGGUUGAUGAAAAUGCUUCCUUCCUCUUUAAUAGAUUUCCUCCAGAAAAUAAGCCAACUAUCGGGGCUUUGUUAUUUUCUAAUGAUCCAUCAGAACAAGUUUUUCGAGAAAAAUUUUCACUUAUUUAUAAAUGUGGUGAACCAAUAAUUGAAAAAGUAGAACGUAUGUCAUAUCCCGAAUUAAAUAUGUUGGUAAGCCAAACCAACGACUACGGAGAUCGUAAAGCAAUGCUUAACGCACAAAUUAAUUGUUUAAACAUCUCAAGCAUUCGUAAAGUCUAUGAUUCUUAUAUUAAAUUUACUAAUGAAAAUCCGGAAACCUCUCAAACAGAUAUUGUGUUUGAUUUACAUAGUGCGGAGAAAUUUGCUGCAAUACCACCUGAUUCUACGGCAUUUCAUCCUCGUAAACAAGUUUAUAACGUAGUUAUAAUUCAAAGAUGGAAAAAUGAACAUGAUGACAAAAUUGUUUAUAAUUGGGCCAAAUCAAUACAAAAUAUUUUGAGUAAGGAUGGGGAUGAAACUCUUUAUGUUAAUUUUGUGGAUACUUCGGAUUAUGAAGAGUAUGAUGAAAAGAAAUUGAAAAAUGUGUGGGGUGAAAACUUUGAAAGAUUAAAAGAAUUGAAAAGAAAAUAUGAUCCAAAUGUUUUUUUCAGAAAAGGUGCUGUUAUCUUUCCGUAA